AUGGACUUCCUCAAGUCCGCCGUGGCAUCAGCCAUGGCCCAGGGCCCUCCCUUUCCGUACUCAUUCGGGGACAAGGUCGACGUUGACGAGUCUGUCUGGACCUUGUACAACGGCACGAGACGGGAAGACGGUUCCAACUGCAGCAUCUUUUCGUUCGACAUCCCCUCCAACAAAGGCCGCCUCCCCUUGGCCAAGAACGCGCUUAAGAAACUGCGGACGCUUCGACACCCCGGUGUUAUCAAGGUGCUGGACACGGUCGAGACGGACUCCUACAUCUACAUCGCGACCGAGCGAGUCGUGCCCCUCCGAUGGCACGUCCGGCGAAAGAGCCUCAGCCCCGAGACGAUUAAAUGGGGGCUACACAAUGUCGCGCGCACCCUCAAAUUCAUCAACAGCGACGCGUCGGCGAUACACGGAAGCAUCAAGGUCGGGUCGGUGUACACCUCGGAGAGUGGCGAGUGGAAGCUGGGCGGGUUCGAGGUCCUGAGCAGUGUCAAGGAUGACGAAUCCACCUAUGGAAGUCUAGUCCCAGACUCUGCACGAUAUGCCCCCCCUGAGAUCGCUCAAGGCGGCUGGGAUGUCAUCAAGAAGAACCCGCACUCGGCCGUCGAUUCAUUCAACUUUGGCACAUUAAUAUUCGAAGUCUUCAACGGGGACUAUAACGGGCGCGAUCAAGCUGGGCAAACCAAAAACGUGCCUCCCACGAUGCAGUCCAGUUACAAGCGGCUCUGCAACGCCAACCCCAAGGCUCGGAUAACUGUCGCCAGCUUCCUCGAUCAAGGCUCACGCACGGGUGCCUUUUUUGACAGCCCCUUGAUCAAGCUUACCGAGGGUAUCGAUAACUUGGGAGUCAACGACUUGGACCAACUAAGUGAUGACUUUCCGGAGGAGUUCUUCAAGCUCAAGGUACUCCCCGAGCUCAUCAAGUCUGUUGAGUUUGGCGGAGGUGGCCCAAAGGCACUCGGCGUCGUGCUGAAAAUUGCGGCCAAGCUGUCCAACGAAGACUUCGAGGCCAAGAUCAACCCCUUUCUCAUUCGAGCUUUCGCCAAUCCUGACCGAGCCAUUCGUGUCUGUCUGCUGGACAGUCUUCCACUGAUGAUCGACCGUCUGUCACAAAAGAUGGUGAAUGACAAGAUCUUUCCUCAGAUUGUGACUGGCUUUACCGACGUGCAACCAGUGGUGCGAGAGCAAACGCUCAAGUCCGUUCUCGUCCUCAUCACGAAGCUUUCUGACCGAACCAUCAACGGCGAGCUUCUCAAGCACCUCGCAAAGACUGCCAACGACGAACAGCCCGGCAUCCGCACAAACACAACCAUAUGCUUGGGGAAGAUUGCACGAUAUCUCGGCACCUCAUCGCGGUCCAAAGUGCUUAUCGCUGCCUUUACACGAUCUCUUAGGGACCCGUUCGUUCACGCGAGGACUGCGGCCCUGAUGGCGCUCGGGGCCACGUCCGAGUACUUUUCAGACGAGGACGCAGCAGCCCGUAUUCUGCCCGUAGUUUGCCCCCUGCUCAUCGACAAGGAGAAGCUCGUGCGGGAGCAAGCUACCCGGGCCAUGGACGUCUACGUUCAAAAAGUUCGCAAGGCGGCUGCGGCCAUGCCUGAUACCGUUCUCCCUCCUCCACAGGCUGCUGACGCACAGCCAACGCGCAUGGGGACACCUCAGCCUAGUGGAUCGUCUGGUUGGACCGGCUGGGCAAUUUCUUCCUUCACCAACAAGAUCUCUUCAGCUGCCGGAGAUAUGCAAACGGCAAAUGGAGCCGCCAGUGCGACCAACCGGCCAUCGUCGUCUCAAGGAUUGGAUUCCAGGAAGCCCGCAAUGGCCUCGGCGUCGUCGCUUCAUCGGCAAGUUGUAACCUCACCGCAGCCCGGCGCAUCUGGGACGUCAUCUCCCACGCCCAGCGCGGUAGCCGAUGCUUUCUUCCAGGAUGACGCUGCCGACGAUGCGGGAGACGCCUGGGGUGACAUGGGAGACAUGGACGAGAAUGAAGAGACGGAGGCUACAGAACCAGCAAAGAACGCCACGAAAGCUCCUACAGUUACCAGCCCCGCGCCGUUUGACGAUGCCGAGCCAGAUUUCGCUGGAUGGCUGGCAGCACAGGCACAGAAGAAGAAGCCAGGCGGCAAGCCGUUACCGAAGGGCUUAUCCAAGUCCACGACAACUAAGAAGCCGACGCCUAAAGUCGCAGCUAAGCCUGUCGUGGCCAAGAAGAUCGACAUGAAACCGAAAGAUACGGAGGACGACGAUGGAUGGGGCGACGGGUGGUAA